GGACCUCAGACCCGGAAGUGGGCGCAAGUGCUUGGCCCUGGCGGAGGCCGAGGCUCCGGGUUCGAAACAGCAUGGGGCCACCGCUUUCGCCGCGCGAGUCGGCGAGGUUCGUGGCCGAGAACAGUCGCGACGUGCUCGUGGACCACGAGGGCGUGCGCAGGGCGGCCGAGCUGCUGCUGCCCGCGGCCGCGGCGUGGCGCGUGGAGCAGUGGAAGUCCCUGCACGAGCUCAACCCGCGCGGGGCGGACGAGGCUGCGCUCGGCUGGGUGUUCCUGGUGGACUCGCUCAACUUCUCCUUCUGGGCCGAGCGGGAGGACAGCAAGUGUGCGGUGCGCUACGGCGGGACGCCCUACACUGGCUACUGGGCCCUGUGCGCCGCCGUCAACCGCGCGCUCGACCAAGGGAUACCGAUAACCAGCGCCUCCUACUACGCCACAGUGAGCCUCGAGCAGGUGCGGGAUAUAUUUCGUUCAGACACAGCUGUGCCCAUGCCUUUAAUGGAAGAGAGACAUCGGAUUCUCAAUGAAACUGGGAAAAUCCUACUGGAGAAGUUUGGAGGCUCUUUUCUUAACUGUGUCCAAAAAAGUGGCAGAAGUGCGCAGAAGUUAAUGCAGCUGAUUGUUGAGAACUUCCCUUCUUACAGGGACGAGGCAGAGUUUGAGGGGAAAAGGAUCGCCUUUUACAAACGAGCACAGAUCCUCGUGGCGGACACGUGGAGUGUGCUGGAGGGCAAGGGAGAUGGCUGCUUCGAGGACAUCUCCAGCAUCACCAUGUUUGCUGACUACAGGCUGCCUCAGAUUCUCGUGUACCUUGGAGCCCUGAAGUACUCAGAUGAGCUACUAAAGAAGCUCCUCAAAGGAGAGAUGCUCUUGAAUGGAGAUAAACAGGAAGUGGAAAUUAGAGGUUGCUCCAUUUGGUGUGUCGAGCUGAUCCGGGACCGUCUUCUGGAGCUUCUUGAAAAGGGUGAAAACUCUCCUGUUGAGAUCAACUCUGUUCUUCUGGACUAUCACCUGUGGGACUAUGCCCGAGAGCACAGGGAAGACAUGAAGGGAGUCCCUUUUCAUCGCACACGCUGCAUCUACUACUGACCCUGAGCAUAGUGGCUCCAGUUGAAACCCUUGCAACUUUAGAUCCUACAGUCACUUCACAGUUUCUGAUUUGCUAUAAAGAUAAAAAUUACGCUGCCUGAUGGUGGUGCACGCCUUUAGUCCCAGCACUCGGGAGGCAGAGGCUGGUGGACCUCUGUGAGUUCAGGGAGAGCCUGGUCUACAGAGUGAGGGCAGCCAGGGCUACACAGAGGGGAAAAGGAAAAAGAUAGGUAGAAGAUAGAAAUUACAGGAAUGGGCAAUUGUCUGUCCAGUUGCCAUUCAUUUUUUCCCCUUGGCAUAGAAAUGUGCGUUCCUAUAAUCAUACUGCGUAUCCUUCAGCGAUCAUGUCCAUGUCUUCAGUUGGUAGUUUUUCUCCACUGGUAAUCUUAGUUGCUCUCUUCCUUCUUUUCCUUUUUUUUUUUAGUGGUCCUGAGGAUUAAGCCUAUGACCUUGUGUAUGUUAGGCAAGUGCUCUACCACUGGGUCACACUCCCAGCUCAGUGAUUUUCUAUAUGCUACAAUAAUUUAAUAUGAAAUAGAGGUAGUCCUUGAUGUAUGGACGGUUGCCAACUGUGAACACUUGGCAUGGUGGCGCAUACCACGUGCCUAUGGAGGCUAUGUAAUCUGGGUACUCAGAAGAUGGAAGCUGGACAGUCAUGAGUUCUAGGCCGUCCUGACGACUCGGAAAGCAGAAAUAACGAGACCUUCACCAGUACAGAGCAUUUGCUGCUCUCUGGUGGAGGGCAUGAGUUUGGUUCCCAGCACGCACGUUCACUGUCGCUACCGUCUCCAACCAGCAGAAAAGAAGCGAUGAAACCGAUGUCCUUCUCAAGGCAGUUUAUUCAGGAACUUAACAAUGUGCAGGAAAAAGAAUGCUCCGACCUCUCUCGGCCAUCCCCCUUUAUCCCCUCUUGUCCACUCCCCAUCACCCCAGUCCAUGUAGGCACAGUUCAUUGGCUCAGGACUACAUUCGUCACAUCAUCCAAUCUUAUGUCAUGGUGCAUCUGUGCAAUGCACCUCAAGGUACGUGGCUAUCUUGAGGGAUAUGAGGAAGUCAGGUGCCAGUCAUAAGACUUGGCAGCAGUCCCAGGUGCCAUCUUGGGGCCACGGCCACACCUGCUCCUUACAUCUCCCCCUUAUUCUUUAAAUUGGCAGAGAGAAUGCCUGUCUUAGGUUGCCCCCUGCAACAAUGCUCCUUACCCAUCACUGGGAGACAGACAGCAGUGGUCUGAUCCCUGUCUUAGGUUGGUAACAUGUCCAGGGAGUCUUACCUGUCAUUGACUACUUCUCUAGCAUGCCAAGCCACACUUGAGGAGAUUGUCACAUCUCCACAGCUGCAAAGGCUUGUAUCAACAGAGCUUGAGCCCUGCAAUGGCGAUGUUGCAUGCGGCAGAUGCACCAAAAGACCAGGACACUGAUGAGCACGUAGCACAGUGCCAAUUUACAAUACUGGCCCAUUCCUUUAGGUGUGACAUAGCAGUGGCAAUCCAAUUUGCAAGUCCUUCAGCCAUGGAUACAUCCACCAAAGUGGAAUUAAUAUGGACUAUCCCAAAAUCUCUUUUGGGUCUAAACAAGGUCAUAACCGAAGGGGUCUGCACAGGCCAUGGUAACAAUCUAGGUGUUCUGGUUACAAUAGCUAAAGAAAACAUAGAAGCAUUCCAACCAACAGAUACUAUAAAAACAGCUAUCCUCCUUAUAUUCUACAACAUCAUCAAAAUAACUACCAUUAUAAACU